AUGGCGGCGCUCGGCCGGCAGGUCUUCGACUGGCACCGCCUGGUCCCCCUCACUUGGGCCCGCGUUCCUAGGCAGACCCGUCGUGGAGAACAGAAAAGGACGUCUGCAUCUUUGUUGUGUAAACUGACCACAGCCUCCAAUGGAGGGGGCCUCGAGAAGUUAUCCCGCGUGGAAUCCAGAAAGUACAUGCAGGAACCAGAGCGCAGGACGAGUCUCCCACGGUGCCCCCAUGAGAAGCAGAGGACUCCUGUGGCUCCAGGAUUCCUGGAGCAAGAGAAGGUCAUCACUUCCCUCCUGGACAUGGGUUUCAGUGAUGUCCACGUUAACGAAUUGCUCCUUCUGUGGCCAAGUACGCACCCUCAACAGUUGUUGGACAUCAUUACAGAAUUACUACUCUUGGGUUUGAACCCAGAGCCUGUGUACGUGGCCUUGAAGAAAAGUCCUCAGUUGUUGAAACUGCCUGUAAUGCACGUGAGGAAGCGCUCCAGUUACCUGCGAAAGCUUGGUCUUGGAGAAGGGAAACUAAAGACGGUGCUUCUCUGUUGCCCUCAAAUCCUCACCAUGCAUCAGAGGGACAUUGACAGCAUUGUUGGUGUUCUCAAGGAGAAAUGUCUUUUCACGGUACAACAGGUGACCAGGAUUUUGCACAGAUGCCCCUAUGUUCUUCAGGAGGACCCCAGUGAACUGGAAUACAAAUUCCAGUAUGCCUAUUUUAGGAUGGGGGUUAAACACGCGGACGUGGUGCGGACUGACUUCCUGCAGUACUCCAUAACCAAGAUCAAGCAGAGACAUGUGUUCCUCGAGCGCCUAGGACGGUACCAAACCCCCGAUAAGAAGGGUCAGACACAGGUCCCCAACCCUUUACUUAAGGACAUUCUCAGAGUCUCAGAAGCUGAGUUUCUGGCCAGGACAGCCUGUUCUUCCGCUGAGGAGUUUGAAGUUUUCAAGAAGCUCUUUGCUCGGGAGGAGGAAGAGGGGUCUGAGAGCCACAUGCCUGACAACAAAAGCUUAAGUCUGGACGAGGAGGCUGAGAAUGAGGAGGAGGAGGAGGAGUGA